AUGGAUUCACUGAGCGAGCCAAGGGAUGAAAAUUUGGAGCAAGAUGAUUUGGAAGAGGAAAUAGAAGAAGAGGAAGAGAAGCCAAAGAUAGGGAUGCGACCGACGAGGAUGGCGAACAUCAAAUCCAAGGUCAAACCUAUUCCGCCCGCCAGCUCUUUCUUCAUCUUCAGUGAAACCAACAAAUUCCGAGUGUUCUGCCAUCACAUAUGCACGCAUUCCAAGUGGUGUAACUUCAUAUUGGGCUGCAUUGUUGCUAGCAGUGUGACACUGGCCUGCGAGGACCCCGUCGUUUCUAAGUCGUACAGAAAUUUGGUGCUAAAGUAUAUGGAGUAUUUCUUCACAACGGUGUUCACCAUCGAAUUGCUAUUAAAGUUGGUGUCGUACGGGUUCAUUCUACACAAAGGAAGUUUUUGUAGGAGUCUCUUCAACAUUCUUGACGCUUUGGUCGUAACGUUCGCCCUCAUGUCAUUCGCUAUCGACAACGAGAAGAUGGGUGUGGUUAAAAUUUUGAGGGUGUUGAGAGUGUUGAGGCCACUGAGAGCCAUCAACAGAGCCAAGGGAUUAAAAAGAGUCCUCCAGUGCGUCAUAGUGGCCAUCAAAACCAUUUACAACAUAAUGUUGGUCACUUUCCUUCUCGAGUUCAUGUUUGCCGUCAUCGGAGUUCAACUCUUCAAAGGCACUUUCUACGCAUGCACUGAUCCAACAAAACUCACUGAGGUGGAAUGCCAAGGUGAAUUCAUUGACAUUGAUUCAGACGACCGUGCCUCCAUAGAACCGAGAAAAUGGAAAAAUAAUGAGUUCAAUUUUGACGACGUCAGCAAGGGGAUGUUGACCUUAUUCACUGUGGCUACAUUUGAAGGAUGGCCCAACUUGCUGAUAAAAGGAAUUGAUUCGGUAAGUGAAGACCAUGGUCCGAUCCAGAUGGCCAGGCCCUUCGUGGCAGUCUUCUUCAUAACCUACAUCAUCGUUAUCGCAUUCUUCAUGGUCAACAUAUUUGUCGGUUUCGUCAUCGUCACGUUCCAGAAAGAAGGCGAACAGGAGUACAAAAACUGUGAACUUGAUAAGAAUCAGAGGAAAUGCAUCGAGUUCGCAUUGAAAGCAAGAGCUCAACGCCGAUACAUCCCGAAGGAUAAGAUGCAGCAUAAGAUCUGGUGGAUCGUCACUUCACAACCAUUUGAAUAUUUUAUCUUCAUCCUCAUCCUCCUCAACACUAUCACUCUGGCCAUGAAAUACGACGAUUCGCCGAAGGAAUAUCAGUUCGUUCUUGACGUCCUUAACAUGGUCUUCACUGGGGCUUUUGCGCUGGAGUUCAUCCUCAAAUUAUUUGCAUUCAGAAUUAAAAAUUACUUUGGAGAUCCUUGGAACACCAUUGAUUUCAUCAUCGUUGUCGGCAGCAUUGUCGAUAUAACCAUAGGAAAGAUUUUGCCCGACCAGAACAUAAUCAGUAUUAGUUUCUUCAGACUGUUCCGUGUCAUGAGGCUGGUGAAGUUGCUGAGUAGAGGGGAGGGCAUUCGAACGCUACUCUGGACUUUCAUCAAAUCAUUUCAGGCACUACCUUACGUAUUCCUACUGAUCGUCAUGCUCUUCUUCGUGUAUGCCGUGGUCGGCAUGCAGUUAAUGGGAAAGAUAGCGACAGACAACGAAGACUCGACAAUCAACCACAACAACAACUUUCAAACUUUCCCAGCCGCUCUUAUGGUCCUAUUCAGAUCGGCCACUGGUGAGUCCUGGCAGGACAUCAUGAUGUCCUGCUCCGACAAACCAACCGUCAAAUGUGACAAAAACUCUGAUGACGCCGAUAAGUUGUGCGGUAGCUCGCUCAUUGCCAUGUCCUUCUUCAUCUCGUUCUACAUCAUUUGCUCGUUUCUGGCUAGUUGA